AUGACAUUUGCUCAAUUGUGCUUUUUCUACAAAUGGAGAGGCAAAAAAAGAAAUAUGUAUAUUUCAUUUAGCUGUAAUUUGUCAUCAAAUGGAGCUAUUGUUAUAGCGCGAGAACAAUCUGAAGGACGAGGACGUGGAAAUAAUCAAUGGACAUCGCCGUUGGGUUGUGCCAUGUUCAAUGUUUAUUUUGACAUUAAUUUACAAUCGUUAUUAGGUCAACGUCUAUCUCUUUUACAACUUUUAGCUAGUGUUGCUGUUGUACAAGCUAUUGAAAGAACAUCAGACUACAAGGUACUUAAUGCUCAAAUUAAAUGGCCGAAUGAUAUUUUUAUUGGAAAUGAUUUUGCUAAAUUAGGUGGCAUUUUAGCAACAUCAUCAAUAUGUGACAACUAUGCAUCAAUUAAUCUUGGCAUCGGUGUUAAUAUAUCGAAUAUUCAGCCAUCUGUAUGUUUGAAUAACGCGAUCGAUCAACAACAAUCAACGUCGAAUUUAACUCAUUUUACUAUUGAGGAAUUUAUUGGUCGUACAAUUGGUUUUUUUCAAAAAUGGAUCUCACAAUUAACACAAUCAGAUAGUGUUAAAGCUACUGCUGCUAUUCACGAUUUCUAUCAAUUUUAUGAAUCUCAUUGGAUGCAUCAAAACAAAGAAGUUUUUGUUGAUAAAUGGCAAGAAACAGUAAUCAUUGUUGGCAUUGACGAUUAUGGAUUUUUAAAAGUUCGAAAAUCAUCGAAUGGUGAAAUCGUAACCUUACAUACAGAUGCACAUAGUUUUGAUGUACGUCAAAGUAUUAUUCGCGAAAAAGCUAUGUAA